GUGACCGCCUGCCUUCAGCGCAAACGGUACCGGCAGUGGGGCAGUGGAGUCGUUGAGAAUGACUUGCUAGUGUGAAGAUUGUUCUUUUUCUACAAAACGCUUUUUACUCGUGUCUCAUUUUUGUGACGUUCCCUAUGUGACAUGUCCAAAUACCGUAUAUUGCAACCUUCGUAACUCAAUGAUAGUUGUGCGCGUCAGACUCAGAAGGACACGGGACACUUGCCUGACAUGACCUGCAGGGGCUGCAGAAGGUGUCAGUCCUAAAUACCUUGUGUGUGUGAGUGAGUGCUCGAGGAGUUGAUUGGUGAGGAACCCCCGGCAGCAGCAUCCGGCCAUGCCCUUGGCAGACUUCCUGGGGGCUCUCAAAGACAACCCGUACUUUGGGGCGGGCUUUGGCCUGGUUGGGGUGGGCACCGCGUUGGCCUUGGCCAGGAAAGGCGCUCAGGUGGGCAUGGUUUUCUUUCGCCGCCACUACAUGAUAACCCUGGAGGUGCCUAGUCGAGACAAGAGCUACCACUGGCUGCUGAGCUGGAUCACGAAGCACGCCAAGCACACGCAGCACCUGAGCGUGGAGACGUCGUACCUGCAGCACGAGAGCGGCCGCGUCAACACGCAGUUUGACUUCCACCCCAGCCCCGGGAACCACAUUAUCUGGUACAAGCGUAAGUGGAUCCGAGUGGAGAGGACCCGCGAGAAGCAGAUGGUGGACCUCCACACCGGCACUCCCUGGGAGUCGGUCACCUUCACCGCCCUAGGAAGGGACCGCGACGUCUUCUUCAGCAUCCUGCGGGAAGCAAGGGAGCUGGCGUUAAAGCAGGAGGAGGGCCGCACCGUCAUGUACACGGCUAUGGGUGCGGAGUGGAGGCCCUUCGGGUUCCCCCGGCGCCGCCGGCCGCUCCGAUCCGUCGUGCUGGAGCACGGCAUCGCCGAGAGGAUCGUGGACGACGUCAAGGAAUUUAUCGCCAACCCCAAGUGGUACAUAGAGCGAGGGAUUCCUUACCGGAGGGGCUACCUACUCUACGGACCCCCUGGAUGUGGCAAGAGCAGCUUCAUAACGGCUUUGGCGGGAGAGCUGGGCUACAGCAUCUGCCUGAUGAGCCUGAGCGACCGCAGCCUGUCUGACGACCGGCUCAACCACUUGCUGAGCGUGGCCCCGCAGCAGAGCAUUAUCUUGCUGGAGGAUGUGGACGCUGCUUUCAUCAGCCGCGAGCUGUUGCCCACAGAGAACCCCCUGGCUUAUCAGGGCAUGGGCAGACUCACCUUUAGUGGGCUCCUCAACGCCUUGGAUGGUGUGGCCUCCUCAGAAGCCCGAAUUGUUUUUAUGACGACCAACUUCAUCGACAGGUUGGACCCGGCGCUAAUCCGGCCUGGACGGGUUGACCUGAAGCAGUACGUGGGCUACUGCUCUCGCUGGCAGCUGGCCCAGAUGUAUGGGCGGUUUUACCCUGGUGAGCCUGCAGCAGAGGGGGAGCGGUUUGCUGAGCGUGCACUAGCAGUACAGCCUGAGCUCAGUGCUGCCCAGGUACAGGGACACUUCAUGCUUUACAAGAUGGAUCCAGCAGGGUCCAUAGAGAACGUGGAGAAGAUCGAGCACUGAGAACUUCUGAGGUGUUCCAGGAAGGUGACCACGAUGACGCUGACUGUGAUGGAAGCCCACUGGGGCUGGAGGACACUGCGUUUAACUGGCGAAUAAAUUGCUCCCAGCUCUGGACUUCGCAGCUCUGGUUGAUCCACACAGAUGCUGAAACACGAUGAAAUUAUGUGGAAAAUGCGCAAGAUAAUUUUACCAACUAUCACUGCUGUAACCAACUGUUUUCACUGUGUACAUUUCUUCUGUGGCCAGUAUUUUAAAAUAGAUUUAUAUUUCAUUCCUUUUAAUCCACGUUCUUCCUUAUUUGACGUACCUGUAUGGUUUCCCAUUGCUGAACAGACACCACGAUGUCCGUUGCGAGUCCUGCGAGUUGCUUUUAAUCUCUUGCAACAGAAAAAAAUCCACAACAUGCACGCUAUUUCUGCUGUGCAGCCCUUGACUCAUUUUCAUGUUCAUCCUGAUAAUGAAGUCAUCCUCACUGAGCACAGAUAUAAAAGUCAAAACAUGAACAACAUGCACAGCGCAACCAAAGGUAAUCGUUCAGAGAUGGUAUUUACCCAAAGGUGUUAUAGUCAUUAAGUGACGGUCAAUACGAAAUGAAUAUACAGUGGGCCGUAUGCAUUUUGUGUGUGUUCUGCGUUUUCUGUGAGUGUAGUGCAGUGAGGGGCCAGCGACUGUUUGAAUUGCCCUCGUCCUUUCAGGCUCCGUAUCGGACUGCAGCGCCCGCAGACCUUCAGCACCUAUCACCGAGUAGCCGCCACUUCCUACAAGAGCAAGUGUCACUUGACUGUUGCUAUCGUGACCAUCAGCAUUAGCUAGCGUGCGUGACCUCAACUGCGCUCUGCAUCCAGUCUCUUAUUGGCC